AUGAGCAUAGAAAGGGACGAGCAGGUCGUCAUUGAUACCAAUUACACUACAAUCCACACACUGGGCAGGCAAAACGAGGGCAGUCGGCUACGCUACAUGCAGAAAGAUGGCAGUUUUCCUGUGGUUUUCCAGAAGGUUCCUGGAGACUGGAGCCCAUACCUGAUGGACAUCUUCACCACUCUUGUGGAGAUUCGCUGGAGGGUGAUGCUCCUCAUCUUUUCCCUCUCUAACAUUCUCUCCUGGCUCUUUUUUGGCCUCUGGUACUGGUUAAUUGCCUAUGUACACAAAGACGCUGAUAAUGACGAAGACAAACUCUGUGUGCACAACAUGCGUGGCUUCACUGGAGCCUUUCUGUUCUCGAUGGAGACCCAGACAUCUAUUGGCUACGGCUUUAGGGCGACGGCUGAGAACUGCAUCGUGGCCAUUGUUGUGGUGACAGUUCAAGAUUUAUUCAGCUGCAUCCUUGACACAAUUGUCAUUGGUAUUGUUGUAGCUAAGAUGGCAUCUGCUCGUAAGAGAGCUCAGACGGUGGGUUUUAGCAGGUGUGCAGUGGUCAACCUGCGAGAUGGGGUUCUGUGUCUUUCAUGGCGACUUGGGGACUUCAGAGGUAAUCACAUCCUGGAGGGUGUCACCAGGGCGCUGUUAGUCCGCCCUAUAAGACAGCCAUUGGGGUCUGUUGUGAUGUCAUACCAGGACCUGGACAUCCAGAAAAGAGACAUUGUCCUCGCAACACCAGCCACCAUUGUUCACAAGCUGGAGCCUGGCAGUCCCCUCUACAGCCUGGGCCCUGACGACCUGCUGGGGGACGACUUUGAACUGGUGGUGUCUUUCACCUACACCGGUGACUCUACAGGUAUGCUCCACCAGACGAGAACCUCCUAUACACCAGCAGACAUCCGCUGGGGUCAGCGCUUCCGGGACAUGCUGAAACUGGGCAAGAAGCACUACAAGGUGGACUACGCUCUGUUCAAUGAGACCACGUGGGUACCGGUGCCCCUGCUCAGUGCAGAGGAGUUUGACAGGGGGAGACGUCCUGUAGAGGGCAGUCAGUCCCACAGUCCACUCUUCCCUUCAGUCAAGAGAAACGGAAACACAAAGGUGAAUCCUGACAUCACUGGAGAGGUGAUACAGCAAACUUGUUUGUAA